AUGAUUCGAAAAGGCUUCCAAUUAAAUCAGACACUUUGCCGUGCGAUGUCCACUCGCCAAUUAGUGUAUGAAACAUAUGGCAACCCAUCAGAGGCUAUUAGCCUUCAAACUGCGGAAAUUCCGGAAAAAUUGAACGCUGAUGAAGUUCUUGUGAAAUGGAUUGCGGCUCCAAUUAAUCCAGCUGAUAUCAAUCAAAUUCAAGGCGUUUAUCCGGUAAAACCCAAGUUGCCAGCUGUCGGCGGAAACGAGGGAUAUGGACGUGUGGAGAAGGUUGGAUCAAGUGUAACAAACGUCAAAGUCGGUGAUCACGUAAUUCCGAAUCUCUCAGGUCUGGGAACUUGGAGAGAGUUCGGAGUGCACAACAGCAAACUUGUGUUCCCAAUUGAUAAUACGCUUCCGAUGGAGUAUUCUGCAGUGUUUCAAGUCAAUCCGCCAACUGCAUAUCGAAUGUUGAAAGAUUUUAUCAACUUGAAGCCUGGAGACACUGUGAUUCAAAACGGCGCAAACUCGGCGGUUGGAAGGCAAGUUAUUCAAAUUUGUCGAAUUCUUGGCUUCAAAACAGUAAAUGUUGUCCGAAAGCGCGAAAACCUUGAAGAGCUCGUCACAGAUUUGAAGAGUCUUGGCGCGAAUGAUGUCAUCACCGAAGAGGAGCUCUUCUCGCGAAAGAAAAAAUUCCCAGGUGUCCGAUUAGCUCUAAACUGUGUUGGCGGCAAAAGCUCACUGUUCCUCGCCAGUGUUCUCGACCAUGGCGGCAGUAUGGUGACAUAUGGCGGAAUGAGCAAGCAGCCGGUUCAAGUUCCAACCGGGCCUCUGAUUUUCAAAAAUAUCAAACUUCACGGUUUUUGGGUUUCAAAAUGGUACGAGAAUCAAUCAUCGCCAGAAAAACGUCUGGAAAUGUACAACGACUUGAGCCAAUGGAUGAAAGCUGGAGAAAUGGUGAAGCAGCGAUUCGAAAAACGCAAAAUUGAGGCGCACCAAAUCGCGUUGACCGACGCCCAAGAGAAAUUCGACAAGAAGCAGUUGUUCGUCUUCUAA